AUGGGUCUGAACGGGAAAUCUGCCGUGACGAAGGAGCAGAAUGAUCGUCACAAGAAGAUUUUGGACGGUCUAUUGAAGCUUCAAGAAAACAGGGAGUGUGCUGACUGUCAUUGCAAAGCGCCGCGGUGGGCGAGUGUGAACCUGGGCAUAUUCAUGUGCAUCCAGUGCUCCGGCAUCCACCGCAGCCUCGGAGUCCACAUUUCCAAGGUCCGUUCGGCCACUCUCGACACAUGGUUGCCGGACCAAGUGGCAUUCAUGCAAGCCAUGGGCAAUGCCAAGGCGAACGCGUACUGGGAGGCCCGUCUGCCGCCCUCCUUCCGCCGCCCCUCUGAAAACGACAAGAUUGGCCUAGAGAGCUUCAUUCGUGCCAAGUAUGAGCAGAGGCGGGAGGGAGGGACAGAUGCAAGGGGGGCAGGGGCAACAGCAGCCGCAGCAGCAGCAGCUGUCGCCAUCAUCACCACAGCCAUCAUCACCAUCACCACCACCAUCACCAUAGGGCAGACCGAGCUGACUCUGCAGCAGCAUCAUGAUUUCCUUUGGAACAUCUGCCGUCACUCAUUCCCCCUUCUUCCCCUCACCUCCCCCUUUUACUCCCUUUACCUUCGGCUGCCCCCUCUCCACCGUCCCCCAUCCCCCCCCUAUCUACUCCUCUAUCCGCAGGGUCGCACCCAUGGUGGUGUUCAGUCAUCAGCCAAGCCUGUUCCUACUACUGCCACUGCUGCUUCUACGGCUCCUUCUCCUGCUGCUAGCGCACCUUCUGCAGCACCCACUAGAGCCUCCGCCUCUGCCACCCCCUCCCCUGCGCCGUCUCCAGCUCCUUCCCCCGCUCAGCCUGCUGCCCCGCGCGAACCAGCUGACCUGUUUGACCUCCUCUCUCUCAACGACCCCGCUCCUGCUGCUGCUCCUGCUGCCGCUCCUGCUGCCGCUCCUGCCCUCGCCAGCACCACCACGAUCACAACCGAGUGGACUGCCUUUUCAGACACAACCCCUUCCACCAUGGCAUCCCAUGCCAUGCAACCAGCAGCAGCAGGCACUGCCAAUUCAUGGUCCUUCACCGCUCCCACCGCUGCAGCUGCUGCUACGACCGCUGCCCCUGUUGCACCAGCGACCACCACCAUGCCUGCCAUGUCUACAGCCACCAGCGGCAGUGCCAAAUCAGACAUCCUCAGCCUGUUUGAGACACCCAUGGCAAACCCCUACGCUCAGCAUCAGCAGCAACAGCAGCAGCAGCAGCAGAUGAUGAUGAUGAUGCGGCAGCAGCAGCAGCAGUAUAUGGCAGCAGUGGGAGGGGGUUGGAACCAAGCUGCUGCUGCUGGCAGUGGCGGCAUGUGGCAUGGGGGAGGUGGAGGGUUGCAGAUGCAGCAGCAGACACAGUACAACAUGCAGAUGCAUGCAGGGGCACAUGCAAUGUCCCAAACCCAGUACAAUGGCACAUACAUGCAUUCCCCAUCUUACUUCAGCCCUGCUGCUGCUUCUGGUACUGGAGCUUACAGUGGUUAUUCUGGUGGUUACCCCACACAGCCUAUGACGCCGCCACACAUGCCACAUGUCACCCCAGGAUUCGCCAGUGGAGCGCCGGGAGUGUUAGCGGCAGGGCCAGUGUCCCCUGUGGCUGCUGCUGCUCCUGCUUAUGACUUUUCGUACCUCACUGCUGCGGCUGCUCAUGGCGUGUAG